AUGGUGAAGUUUAUAGACCGGAAGCGGCGCUUGUACUCUACAGCUGCUAGUCAGCUGUACACGAACUCCACUACAAGCGCUAUCGGCUCCAAGACAGUACACUCUAGCCAUGAGCUCACCCAAGAGUCAACCAGUUCUACAAGACCCGCAGCCACACACUCGUUACGACAUACAACAACAGGCUACUCUUCUUACUCAAAAAUAAUGGCAUCAAGGAUGCCGAACUCGGUAUCUGUGUCCGUUGCCUCAUAUGAUGACACCACCUAUACGAGUGUUUCCAGAAUCUCGAGAAGCUCGGCCACGAGUACAUUCCAGGAACUCGAAGUGACCACCUACGACUACACGCAGUUGUUUGUGGUCACUGAUUCAGACACCACGUUCACGACUAAUGUCCACCUCACUACGCAAGCCACGUUCACCCCUACAUCUUCCUUUUCGAUAUCGAGCGCAAUCAUUACAACGGACUCCAGCUCUUUCAACAAGCUUCUGGGCAUCUAUCGUGCUUCCGCCCACCAUUCCGGCCUCUCCACGGGAGCAAAGGCAGGUAUUGGGGUAGGUGUGGCAAUCGGGUUCCUUUUGGCCAUGGGCUUUGUGGUACUCUCUCUGUACCAUAGGAAAAAGAAAAAACAAGCUUUUGGCGGAGAAGACGUCUGGGAGACGGUGCCGAAUAUUGCUGUUAGCGACGUUCACGAAAAUCAGACGGCUCCUCUUCCGCCUCCGCCACGAAAAAGAGCCGUUGCUGCCUCGGAAGCCACGCCGCGCGAGCGUCUUAUCGACGUGCUUCACGAGAACUCUCAAGAGAGUCUUGAGCAUCAGCACGAACAGCGGAUAGGCACCAACACCACCCCGAAACGCUACGACUCCCACAUCCAGAACCUGACCAGAUUCAGGGAGACCGGGGUCCAGGACGUUGGAGACACACUGGGCUCUUUUGCCCUGCGCGAUGGCCGGCUGAGGCCCCAGACGUGGUGGUCAGACAUUGACAGCAGCGAAGACAGCACUUUAAGCGGAAGCUCGGCCAGCGAAACUGUAGAGCCCGAUUAG